CGCCACCAUCGCCGAUUUAAUUAACACCUCUUUCCCUCAUACCUUUAUCGAAACAUUUGGUUCUCAGCUCACCUUCUCCUUUUUCGUUUCUUUUCCGUCUCGUCUGAAGUGUCAAUACCAUGGCAACGCCGCGAAAUACUGUUGUGCUCGAUAAAGCUAACUUUGAGACUCUUGUGAAACGAGCCCACACCAGUAAUGACUAUCAACUCAAGGAUACCCUCGCCGCUGGCGAGAUAGGUCCGCUGAUGUGCCUUCCUAUGCACGAGUAUGAGGAACUUGUGCUUUCUCAACGUCAAUACGCAAACUUGACGCGUCACCUUGUGCAAGGAGGUAUGACUGACGAACGCAUUACGGCUUUGAGUCAGGACGAUCUUCCAGGUGUGCAGGCUAGCAAGGCCAAGAGCAAAGUCCCUCACCUAGGGCAGAAGGAUGCAUCUACCACCUCUGGGAAGCUUAGGGAUGGCCGUGUGCUUUCUUCGGACAAGCAAGCCCCAGACAAGCAAGCAUCAGACAAUCCAGCAAAGUCGAAAUUCUUGCCGUCAGGUAUACAGCCACGAUUCAAAGAGCCGUGGCGCCAUGAUGCAGAUGGACCACAACUUCCCCCCGGGAGCAAGACUACCUUUUGUUUGAAGGGUUUGUCGAGCAGUAUGACCUAUUGGGAUAUUACCAGUGUCGUUCGCGGCGGCUCUUUGUCGGGUUUGCGAUGGACAUCUGGCGCUGAAGUCGCUUUUCUGUCUUUUGUGCAGGAAGAAGGAGCCAUGUCAUUCUAUGACCAUGUACAGAAAAAUGGCCUCUACAUUCAGCAGAAAAAGAUUCACGUCGCAUGGGCUGAUCGCCCAUUGCACAUCAACAGCGAUCUUGCUGCUCAGAUUCGUAAGGGUGCAAGCAGAAAUCUAAUCAUCCGAGACUGCGAGGGAAAGCUCACCGAACGCGAGAUUCGAGAGGAUACGGAGCAUAUCGAGAAACUUGUCAUCAUCAAGAUCAUAUUUUCAGAUGGCCAUUGCCGUAUCAAGACCAACUCGAUCUUCGACGCAAUGACCACCAAGAUGUGCAUGCAUAGUAGACGAAAGUACAAGAAGUGGGUGAUCCAAUGGGACCACGACGAGUGCUCCGAGCCAUUUGACGGCCCACAAGAGUCACGUUCUCCAAAGCAGAAGGCUGCUUCCAGCAAGAAGCCCGCUGCCCGCGGUCAGAAUCGCUUUGCCUCUCUUCGUAGAGACGAUAAAAACAAUGCCAUCUAUAAUGACAACGGUUAUGAUACCGACAACCGUGAUGAUUAGUGACGAUGAGAUCAAUAUCCUUUAUGUUUUCGAAGGGCCACAAUUCUAUUGUACAGUUUAGGUUACGCAAGAGUUUUAGGGUUAGUGAGGCUGGUUGUUUUUGAUUGUAUUGUAUUCAGUUCACAAACUUGCAUGAGCCACGAAUGAGCUGUUAGUUGCAAGAAAACCAUCUGAUUUCAGGGUUGACCAUUUGCAGUCCAGUUGUUUUAAUGACAGAGCUCUGUGAGGGGUUGGCUUGAGUACACCGAUUACUUGUGGCAUCCCAAACGUGUUUAGUGUUUGAUGUGCCUUCUUUAUACCUACCUCUAGGUAGCUAAUUCAUAUGUUCUAGUC